AUGCCACCCAAAGCCGUCGACUACUCGCUGUACCUCGUCACCGACUCCACGCCAGCCAUUCUGGGCGAGAAGGAUCUGGUGGCCGUGGUCCAGGCAGCCGUGGAGGGAGGUAAGCUCGUGCCAUGUUCCAGGAUCUGCGAUGCGUUGCUCACGUGUGAGGGCAGGAGUCACCAUUGUGCAGUACCGAGACAAGACGUCAGACACGGCCGAUCUGGUGCGGAUAGCGAAGGACUUGCACAAGAUCACGAAAGCGGCCAAUGUGCCACUGCUCAUCAAUGACCGCAUCGAUGUCGCUCUGGCUGCCGGCGUGGAGGGAGUCCAUGUUGGCCAGGACGAUCUCGACUUGAAGACGGCUCGCCGAAUUCUGGGUCCGGAUGCCAUCAUCGGUGUUACUGCCAACAGUGAGGAGGAGGCUCUCGUUGCUGCCAGGGACGGCGCGGAUUACCUGGGCAUCGGAACCGUCUAUGCAACUCCAACAAAGGAGAACACCAAGUCCAUCAUUGGAACCGCAGGUGUACAGUAUGUCCUGUCUUCACUUGCGGACCAUGGCUACCAUGUCAAGACCGUCUGUAUUGGUGGGAUCAACGCCUCCAACGCUCAGCGAGUGCUCUACCAAACCGCCUCGCCAAAGAAGAAACUCGAUGGCGUGGCCGUGGUCAGUGCCAUCGUGGCCUCUGACACACCACAAGAAGCCGCAAGCAAUCUCAGCAGCCUUGUGAAAACACCACCUCCAUUUGGAUCCUCAGCCAGCAAGACACCGCUUUCACGCCAGGACAUUAUCACAAAAGCACCCGGCAUCAUCAAGCGCAUGGCUGACAAGAAGCCUCUUUGUCACAACAUGACCAACCUCGUCGUCCAGAACUUCGCCGCAAAUGUGGCCUUGGCAAUCGGCUCGUCGCCCAUCAUGUCCAACAACGGCUUAGAAGCGUCGGAUCUCGCUGGUCUGGGCGGAAGUCUCGUCAUCAACAUGGGCACAACAACACCCGAGAUCCGCGGCAACCAUCUCAAAGCACUGGCUGCUUACAACCAGGUCGGCGCUCCUGUCGUGUUCGACCCCGUCGGAGCCGGCGCCACACAGCAGAGACGAGACGGCGUCAAGGCGCUGAUGGCAGGAGGUUAUUUCGAUGUAAUCAAGGGAAACGAAGGGGAGAUCCGUACCGUGUCCGGCGCCACGGGCUUCCAGCAACACGGUGUCGAUUCCGGAGCCUCGCAGCUAUCGCUGGAGGAGAAGAUCGCUCUGGUCGAGAGCACCGCUGCGAGAGAACACAACAUUAUCCUCAUGACUGGCAGCACGGAUGUCAUCUCGGACGGUGAGCGGACGGUCACGAUCAGCAAUGGUCACGAGUUCUUGGGCGAGAUCACCGGUAGUGGCUGCACACUCGGCACCACGAUCGCGAGUGUCAUGGCCGUCGAGCGCGAGGACAAGCUACUGGCUGCUGUGUCGGCGAUCCUGAUGUAUGAAAUCGCAGCAGAGCGAGCAGCACAGAGAUCAGACGUCAAGGGUCCUGGAACUUUUGUGCCCGCCUUCAUUGACGAGCUGUACAAUCUGCGACAGCAAAGCAUAAGGAGUCCAGGAUCAUGGGCCCAGGAAGCGAGAAUUGAAGUCCUAAAUAAGGCAUAUGCAUAG